UAUCUACAUUUACAGGUAUCCAGCUCCUACGCUCAGCGCAUCGAAGAAUCAUUCGUUCUUCUCCACGAAUCUACCAACCUCAAUCCAACACUUCAACUGUUCCUUACACAACUCUUCCGCCUCUCAAAUCUCCCACCAGUUUUUAGUUCCCCAAAUUCGCCCUGAAAAUCAACCCAAAUUUGCAAUCAUGGAAGACCCAAAACUCAACAUUGAGGAAUUGAACGGCUCAAUGUCCUUCUCCGAUUUCCCCGAGGACGUCCAGCUCUGCAUCCUCUCCUUCCUGACCCCACCGGAGAUCUCCAGCUUCGCCUGCACCUCGAAACGGUUCGUUUCGCUCUGCAAGAACGACGCCAAGCUCUGGUUCUCUAUGUGCGACCGCCGCUGGGGCGCCAAGACCCAGAUCAAGAAAUGGGGUAGCGGCAAAAUCACGUACCGGAGCCUCUACCAGACCCUGAGCCGGUGGGAGAAUCUGAUCGGAUUCUGGCGCCAAGGCGGUCAGGCCACUUCUCCGCCGUUGAUUUUCUUCGAGUGGGGCCCUUCGUUCCUGACCGGGUCACGUGUCUCUCCCGCCAAGGACGGCAGCUACGGCGUGGUCAAGGCGCCGUUCUUGUGGAUGAGCCUCUCGCCGGAGGGCCAGGUUGUUAACUUUCUCGACCCGGAAGGGCGGGCGGAGAUUUCGGCGGCGGAGUUAAACUCCGGCCGGCCGAAUUUCUCCGAUAAGGAUUUGGUGCCGGUGAAUUUGAGCUUGAUGGGGAAGACUCAUUUUGUGGUGGAGGAAGAUAUGAGCUUUGCCGCUAACAGAAAUGGAGGUCGGCCAAGUUCGAGUGCAGUGAGUAUUAUUGAAGGUGGGAUUGGUGAGGAUUUGAUUGGAUACGAGAGUGGGUCCCCCGGGACGUCGCCGAACUCGCCGGACCGGAUGAUGUCGGAGAUUUAUCAGUACUUUGCGAACCGGACGAGCCCCGGUUCCGGUGGAGAUAGAGCGUCAAGGAGGCAGAGGAGGAGAGAGAAGGAGAAGCAGUUGAGGAGGAAGUUGGAGUCUCAGCAUUUUGUUAAGAUUGUUGAUUGCUCGCCGACGCCGGCUCGGCCUUUGCAGGGCCUCUGGAAGGGAAUUUAUGAUGAUAUGAACUUGGGAUUUUACCUUGUUGCAUAUGAUGACAUUGGGGGCAUUUCCUGCCAAAAGGUUUGUGACUCGUCUGGUCACAUUUGCAGUUUCACUCGGGUUAUCAGUAAGCUCCCAGUCUUUUGGACAACAGACCCUACUUUUUCCGAGUCUCCAUUUCUCCCAGAGGAAGAAAGUUUAUAUAAUAGUCGCAUACAUCUUCGACCAAAUGCCGUAGCAGAUCACAUUCUCCAGCUCACAGGAAUUGAAGUGGUCUCUCGCAUUCUUUGCAUUACCUUAAGUUAUGAUAUGGCCAUUCCAUACAUGGUAAGAACUACCACAAACCCAGUGCAUGCACAGGGAAGGGUUUGGCAGUACGGGGAUGGAACAUUUGGAUUUGGGUUUCUUCAAGACAGUUUUAUCAGGGACUUGAAGCAAGUUGCCAAGAAUGAUUGUCUUCUUGAUAUUAUGUAGCCUUUAGUUUUAAGUAGUGUUAUUGAUGUACACUACCUUGUGAAAAUUGUUAUUCUUUUUGUACAGACACCAACUUUAGCUGGGUGCAACUCUGCUCUGUGGCACUGUACAAUAUUUAUGGACACAGUAAUAAGAAUGCUGGCAUCACUUGAUCA